CCUGCUACUAUUUUCCUAAUGUGCGUGGUUUCAUUUAGAUUAACUAUUUUGCGCAUGAGUAGAAAAGUUUACCAAUUAGACUACCUGAAUGUCGAAACUACCAGGAAGUGCGGGCUUCACGGUGCUCGGCGAUAAGUCCCUGGAGUUUUACCGGGACCCAGUGAGUUUUUACCGGCAAAGGAUGGACAAGCACCGCGGGGGCAGAGUGUUCCAGAGCCGCGUCCUCAACCGAGCCACUGUGUUCGUGUGCUCCGUGCGCGGCGCAAGAGAGCUGCUUUGUGAAAAGUCCAAUAUUUUUCAAAAGGACCCCACUGAUCUGAUGACAAACAUGUAUGGAGACACAAUUGUCACCACCAAUGGUGAAGAGGCAAGUCUCCUUCGUCUGUCAUUUUCCAGUCUCUUUACAGGUAGUAGUUUAGAAUCCAUGAAGGCCUAUAUAACCAGGGUAUGUGAGCACCAGCUAAAGGAUCUGUCACUAAGUGAUCAUCCAAAGUGUGCCUAUUCAGUCUUUAAGUCUUUGGGGACACAGCUGGUGUUGGGACUCUUUCUGAAUAUUCAUCUAGACGAACACCCUGAACUUUUUCACGAAAUCUCUCAGCUCUGCACACAGCACUGGCAUGGUCUAAUCUCAGCUCCCAUCAAUGUGAAGGUCUCCAUGUGGUCAUCUGGCUUCUCCGUGGCUCUUGAAGCCAGAGAAAAGCUCAUGGCUAUCAUUAAAGACAAAUUACAAAAUGACAAAAAUGGUUUUGUUGGCACACUGGGUACCCUGCCAUUGCCUGACUCCAGCUCUGCCUCUCAGCAUCUUCUGCUGUUUAUUUCUGCUCUGAUUCCCAAAGCUCUGGCAUCUCUACUCACCUCCUUCACACUGGCACUCAGUGGCAAUGAGCAGGCAGAAACCCGUAGAAAAGCAUUGCAGGACCCUGAUUACUUGCAUUUAGUUUUACUGGAGGUCCAGAGACUAUGGCCUCCCUUCAUUGGUGGACGAAGGAUAGCAAGUGAGGACUGUACCAUUGCUGGCUUCCACGUACCCAAAGACUACGGUGCCAUCUACAUCAGCCACGCGGUGCACCGGGACCCAGAGGUGUUCCAACAGCCCGACAGCUUUUUGCCAGAGAGAUGGAGAGAGAGGAAUGCAGGCCAGGAGCACUUCCUCUGUUCUUUUGGAAAUGGACCAAGGAGCUGCAUUGGAGCUAAACUCACGGAUGUUUUCCUUAAGGAAGCGUGCAUGUACCUGUUAAAGCACUACAACUGGUGUAUGGACCCCCCAACCCAGGACCUACAGUACAAAUGGCUGCCUGUGUCCCGCCCAGCCAACCGCCCCACUCUCUCCUUCAGUCGACUGGACAAGAGCGAAUCGGACAGCAGCAGCACAAGCUAGGAACAGCCAAAGCGGUUAGAGAC